GCGUGUCUGAGCAAUGGGGGACAACCAGGACUACAUCCACAAGCGAGUCAACCCAGUCCUCGAGAACCUCGUCACGGAGGUCUUACUCGAGCGACCCGAGGACCCCGUGCCGUUCAUGGUGCGUUGGCUCGCCAAGAAGAUCAAGAGCACCGAGGACCUCAGCGCGGGGCGGUCGCGCUCCGCAGGGAGGCGUUCCUGCUGGAGAGGCGCGCGGCCCGGGCGCCCGGGGGCGGCCCGCCGCCGGCGCGCGGCCCGCCCCGUGGGGGCGAGGGCGCGGCGGCGGAGGAGGCUGCGGCACGCGCUGAGAGGAUCGCGCACCAGGACAUCAGUUUCCGCGAGGAGAAGUGCAACAAGUUGCGCAACCAACUCCAGGAGGCGGAGAUGGCCCUGGCUGAGGCCGCUAAUGAGCUCAACAAUGCCAAGACUGCGCGGCAGGGUGCGGAUGCUGCGCUUCAGGGUUUCGUGCCAGAGACCUGGAAGAACAACAAGGUGGCCGAGAUCAAGCGUGAGCGUGAACAGGAGGCAAUUGGCGACCAGGAGGAGCUGCGGCUGGCUCUGCUGGCUUGGCCCCGCCCGAUCUUGCCCAGGCCGCUGAUCCUGUUCUACUUGCAUGGCUCUACCAUCUCAGACCCUGAAGAGAUCGCUCGCGAGCUUGCUGACAUCCGUAAGAGGUCCUUGGAACACGCCCUUACCAACGAGCAGGCCGAGCGCAUGGAGAAGCUCAUGUCCAAGCAGGCCCGUGUCAAGGGCGCCAAGCGUGCUCGAGUGGCUGGCACGAAGGUGGGGCAGACUUUCAAGCGGCUGUUGGCGUGGGAUAAGAUUGUGCAGAUUUUCUCGUUGCUGCCAGAUGGCCACCGUUGGAGACGGGUCAAAGGCCCCAUCGUUGCCACGAUUGCGGUGUUCAUGGACCUGUCUUGGUGUACCGUGGCAUCUUGUACGGUUCUCGCUGUGGUGCCGUAUGUGUGGAGCAGGCAGAAGAAGACGAGGGCCAAGUCGGAGGACUUCGAGGCGGCUCAGAUCUCGGCCAUGUCGCCGUCGCCUUCUAUGCCCGCGCACACCGUGCCGUGCCAGGUUCUCACCGUCAGCGAGGCUGGCCGCCCCCUCUGCGAGUUCGGCCAGUGCAGGUUCGCGAAGGACAACCCGCCAUGCGUGAUGAUGGGCCCCGUGUGCAACAGGAAGGCCAUGCUGUGCAAGACCCACUACAAGAUCUUCUCCGAUGGCCUCGGCUACGCGAACCCAGCCAUGGCCAUGGGUUGGGCGCGGGAGAUCGGCUCUCGCCCGAAGAUCCAGGCUAUGGAGCGCAACGUCGGCAAGCACGUAGACCCCAGCCAGCUGCAGUUCACGCCCGCCUCCGUGGAGUACGAACACACUGCUGGAAUGAGAUGUUACAGGUUUGCAACGGCUCUGAACAAGAUCGAGUGGGAGAAGGCGCACCACAAGACGAUGACUGCGAAGCUCCCGAUACCAACUCAUCCAGUGGCGGUUCUUCCGCGUUGCGACGGCUCAGGGGUCUUUGAGAAAUGCUGGUUGUUCGCGUGGUCGCCAUUCAGUGGGUGUCGCACCGUGGAGAUAGGUAAUGACCAGAUGACGAAGACGGUGACGCCGAUUAUGAAGCCCUCCCAGCACCUCUACUCAGAGCAGGCCGUCGACGCCGCGAACUUUGUUGGUGGCGCGGCCCAGUCUCGCUUCAUGGUUUGUAACAAGGACUUCGCGGGGCUCCCCACUCUGCCUGGCAGCGUCCACAACGUCGUCGGGGAGCCCGCGUUGCACCCUCUCGGAUACAGCGUCGCCGACUUCCUGGAAUCCGGGUUCGGCGAAGACGCCUUCAAGUGGAGGUCCGGCUAUCUUGGACCAGCCGUCCCCGUCUGCGGCCUGCGACAACGAGUCGAUGGCAAGCUGCUCGACGCGGCGAAGUACCUUUCCAUCCUGGAUUGCAGCGUGGCGCAGCGGUGUCACCACCACAAGGAAUACGCAGAGAAGGAUCACGCUGACCCGAACAAUGCCGAGCUGAAGCAGCGCCUCGUAACCUUCGGGCUGUGUCAGCGUUUCAACCCCAGGCACGAGGGCGAUUACACAUACGAGGUAUUUGUGCAGACAGCCGACCAGCUGCGGGGCAGAUCCGCAUGUCUCGUCCCUCACGCGAACGCCGUCAUCUGGAAGAAGCGCGCUAACGAGAUGCAGAUGACCACAUCGACCGAUGGCGACGCCGAGGCAUUCCUCACGGCGUGCGCCCCCGUGGCACUGCCAGGACAGACAGACGAAGCCUUCGACAUCCGAAAGCCUGUCUUAUGUAGGCUCAGCGCGCUAACCGAGGCGGAGAAGAUCCAGCGCUUCUACCACAUCUUCAUCGUCGGCUGGUUCCUUCCGAAGCUCGAGAACGGCUGCAGCGAGAUGGUGUGUUUGCAUGUGUGCACCAAGCUUCGGCAGUACAUCAAGCAGAUAAUCGAGACCUUUGUGCUGUCUGCGACGGCGGUCCAAAUCUUCGUUGAGCUUGCUAGUUUGCUACGGGCUCUCCAGGACUGCGCUGCCAUGGAUGCGAUCAUGAGCCCCGGCUUCAUUGACAGGUGCAACACGCUGAAGGCGCUUUCGGACACUCGCAGCGUCUCCAGGCUCACCAAGACCUUCGCCGUCAGCGUGAGCAGCGUCGACAAGUGCACGCGCGCCAUCUGCGAGGCGUCCCAAUACGUCGCUGCGCUGCAGGGUAUCGAAUAUGAGCUGGAAGUGCUUGUGGAGGAGUUGGUGGAGCCAGUCCCGCAGCCGCCAGAGGAGUCCGAGGAGAGCCCCGUGGAUGGCCUCGCGACCUCGAUUGCAUCGCUGAGGUCGAAGAUGACGAAUGCAGCGAAAUGCGUGGCAAGGGUUGGGCCAGCCUCGAGGGCAGGCGUUGCCAUCGUGAACAUGGUCAGCCAGAAAGGCUGUGCCUUCGACGAGCUCGCCAAGAAACGUUCGAACCCGGCCAAGGCAGAUUCGGGCGAGAUGCUCGGCUUACUCAAAGACGCGUGCCAGCAGUUCCCACUGGACUCAGCGAUGAACAACAUGUUGACCCAAGUGACCGACCGCGUGCACCUCGAGAGCGAGAAGAGGAGCGUGGAUGCCUUCACAACCUCAUUCAACGAACUCACGGAGCACGCCUGCAAGAAUCCACCAGAGCUGACAUGCGAGCUGAUGCAGGAUACCAUCGACGUGGCUGGCAAGAUGGGCGCGGGGCUGCUGGUCGCUGAAUCGUUCAAGAAGAUGGUUGAGGGAUCUCGGAUUGUUGGUGGUGCCUUGGUCAAGGUCGGCAUGACCGAAGUUAUGUGCGAGAAGUACGUGGCCCUCUUUGGCAUCCCCAGGGACACGUUCGACGUCGAGUUCGAGAAUACCGUCCAUGCAGGCCAGCUGAACACCCAGCUCACCAUGAUGACUGUUUGCUCGCAGGUCGCCUCGGCAGCUACGGCCCCCAGCAACUUCUUGACUGGUCAGCCUCCGCAUGGGCAGUUCGACGUGCCGAAGGUCGCUGCGGGCUGUGCGGUCUCGAAGGCCAUCGUGGACGACUACAACUCAGCCUCGUUGAAGUCCGACAACAGCUGGAAGAUCUUCUCCUCGGGCGAGUUCGCCGAACUGGAGACGGUGCUGUGCUGGGAGCAGGCCAUUCGCAAGAUUCGGGCUGAUUGUGCUCGCCUGCUUCACAACGCAGGGGUCGAGAUCAAGCAGUACAUGGUGGAGAAGCUGCUCGAGGACUUCAAGGCCUUCGCAGACAACGCAAAGGGCUUGGCGGAUGGCAAGGACUGGCUGGGCGGCUACUCGGGCAGGACGUGGAGCGGCCUCCUUGACUGGAGCAAGAAAGGCCUCCUCGCUCCUGGCGGCGUGGCGCCUGCCAUCAAGGCGGAGUGGAUGAAGCUCGACAAGGACGCGAAGACCAUCGCCGCUGCCAUGAAGCCGUAUGGGGUGGCCCCCUUCACUUGGACUGUCGAGCAGGAGCAGAUCAUCGCCCAGGGGAAGGCGACGCACGCACAGUGCGUCAUCCUCGGGGCCUUCGUGCCAAUCAAGGACGCGUCGCCAAGGAGCCUCGCGGUCGCGCAGGCCUACCGCAACUGCACGGGGACGGGGGGCAAGUUCGACAGCCUGCACGACCUGAUCAGGAAGAAGAUCGCACCGAUGGUGCAGUAG